ACUCCACGUCUGACUCUUUGGUUACAGGAGCAACAGAGAUGGGAAGUUUUGGCACCUCUGUCGUGGCAAAUCGGGGGGCGCAGUCCCAACUCUGAAGGGCAUCAGUUUGAGUGCCUGGAGUGUGGUAAGACCUUCAAGUGGUCCUCCCGACUUAUUCAUCAUCAACGCAGUCACAAUGACGAGAGGCCAUAUCGGUGCACCGAGUGCCCAAAGGCCUUCAAAGGAUCCUCGGCACUGCUGUAUCACCUGCGCUCACACUCUGGCGAGAAGCCUUACCACUGCACGGAUUGCGGCAAGGCGUUCAAACGCUCCUCUCUGCUCCAGGUGCACCGCAGUGUCCACACGGGUCUGCGGCCGUUCAAGUGUGGCAUCUGUGGCAUGGCCUUCAAGUGGAGUUCCCACUACCAGUACCACUUGCGGCAGCACUCUGGAGAAACGCCAUACCCUUGUGAAGUGUGUGGCAAGGCCUUCAAGAACUCCUCCAGCUUGCGGCGCCACAAGAAUGUACACUCAGGCCUCAAGCCUUACCCCUGCGAGGUAUGCGGCAAGGCCUUCACCCAGUUGACCAACUUGCGUCAGCACCGUCGCAUCCACACUGGGGAGAAGCCUUACUGCUGUGUUGACUGCAGCAAGAGUUUCACCCACUCCUCCAACCUUCUCCUACAUCGGCUCACUCACACUUCAUCCUCUUCUCCCUCCAGUGUUCCUGCUCCAAACGUCAGCCCCGCUGACAAAGCUGUCCCAUUUAAAUGUGGCCUCUGCAUGAAGGUCUUUGUGUCGGAACCUUUCUUGCAGAAACACCUUCAGACUCACGCCAUCGAGCAGGCCUAUGCGCAGGCAUCCAGUGCUACAGAUCUCGUAGUGGCAGCUGCCCCGGAGACCACCGUGGUGGAUGCAAAUAGUGGACUGACCCCUCUAGCAGCUGAGGUUUUCUUGGCGGCGGCAAACCUGGGAGAAGGAGAGGAGACUGUGGACAUGCUCUAUCGUUGUGGGGCGUGUGAGCACACGUUCCAAAGUGAGAAAGAACUAACGCGACACCAGGCUAUCCAUCUGCAGGAUAUGCAAGACACCGUAGCACACGAUGGGCUGAUCUCAGACUUUGAGCCUCCAACUCUGCCCAAGGAAGAAGUGGUGGAGACGUCUUCUGAUGGGGUUACACUUCCAACCAAUGGAUGUCAGAUCUGUGGCAAGUCUUUUAAGAGUGCUGCCGGGCUCUCCCGCCACCUGCAACAGUGCCAUCAGCUAGCAGCUGGUGCUGCGGAUUGCCGCUUCAAAUGUGCCACCUGCGAUAAAACCUUCUCACAGCUUGCCAGCCUACUGGCACACCAGCGUACCCAUCCUGCUGAACAACAGCUGAUUCAGGAGGCUGAAGCGGAGGUGGCUUGCCCAUCGCUGCUGACGGUGCAGGAUGGCAUUGAGGUGCAGUGCCAAGUGGGAGUCGGUGCUAACGUUAGUCUGGUUGCUAUGCCCGCGUCCCCUACAGGACAGAGUGCCCCAGAUCUUCUAGGGGAUGAAGAAGGGGCCGUGGUGACAAGUAGCACUUUGACAGGACAACGGACCUCUGCAACGCAGCAUAAGAGUGGCAGGCAGCAGAACGCUGGUUCCUGCAGCGACCGACCCUAUAGAUGCUCUGAGUGUGGCAAAUCUUUUAAGGGAUCCUCUGGCCUACGCUACCACGUGAGGGAUCAUACAGGGGAACGGCCAUACAGCUGCUCAGAGUGUGGAAAAGCCUUCAAACGUUCAUCAUUACUUGCCAUCCACCAGAGAGUGCACACAGGAGUCCGAGCCUUCAAAUGCCCACACUGCCAGCUGACCUUCAAGUGGAGUUCCCACUUCCAAUACCAUCUGCGGCUACACUCGGGCGAACGGCCCUACGUCUGCAGCGUCUGCGGCAAGUCCUUCAAGAACACGUCCUGCCUGCGGCGUCACUCGCAGCUCCACACCGGUUUGCGUCCUUACGGCUGCACCAUCUGCGGCAAGACCUUCACCCAGACUUCUAACCUGCAGCAACACCAGCGGAUACAUUCGGGUGAGCGGCCAUACCACUGCAAGGUCUGCGGCAAGACCUUCACACACUCUUCGAACUUGCAGCUCCACCAGCGCACUCACUCUACAGACCGGGGUUUCAAGUGUAACGUUUGUGGGAAAGGAUUUGUUAUGGCAUCCUACCUUCAGCGCCACCUGCGCACCCACCAGGGCGACCAGGCCGCUACUGGGGCAAACGACAACGCGGUGGCUUCUGCUACUACAACUAAUCUAGUGCUGAGCCCCACACCGAUGAACUCCUCGGCCAAUCUGGUGUUAAACACGUUGCCAGCAGGACCCCUUGGUGGCGGUUCUCUGCUUAUCAAUACAGGGGCUGUGGCUGGAGGCAUGACCAGCUCCUUUGUGGUGACCCAGACUCCAGCGCCUCCUUCAAGUGGUGUGAUAAACUUAAAUCUGGAAGUGGCACAGCCAGCCCCUCCAAGCAGUGCCCCACAGACAUAUUUCCUCAUCCAGACUGCCACAGGACUGCAGUUGGUACCUGUCCCACCGCCGCCUCCCCCACCUCCUCCUCCGCCACCACCUCAGAAGUUCCUACUUUUGCAGUGCUCUCCUACAACCCCCGGGGGACCUACCAAGCUACUGCUUGUUCCAAAUGCGUCCAUUGGUACCCCAACCCAGCAAGGAAUAAUCCAACAACCAGUGCUGCAAACUCUUCCUCAGAUAACCGCCCCAGUCACCAGCAGCAGCAGGAAGCCACUACGGGCCUUAACAGUGCGGAAACGAAAGAGGCUGCCUAAAAAGGCCAGCGCUGUGACAUCCCAGGUGGACACCAGUGGGGGUGUCCAGAUGAACCAGAUCUCCCCAGCCUGCGAAACGAACAACAAGCUGGCAGGAAACGCCUGCCUGCAGAUUCCAGAGAAUGAGGUAACGGUGGCUGAAGCUGUCAACAGCAAUGGCCUUGAGGGUCAGAUCAUCUUAACAGGUGAACGUAUGGGGGAAACAGGCCAGGGGGACAUCCCAUUAGAUGCCGAAAAAGUUUCUCCGCCGGUGGACUCCACACAAGUCACUGGGGACCCUCAAAGCCUGCUAAUGCAGCCGCUGGCAGAGAACAGUCUAGAAGGGGAGCAGAUUACCCACCCACAAGAAGAGCAUGACGACUCUGGGCUGGGCACAAGCCUCUCCAUGGACAUUCCUAUGCAUAGCCUUGCAGAGAGUCCACCUAUUGGCUCUGAUAAUGCUGUAAGUGACCCUUGCCAAACUAAAGAUUCUUUGGACCACAUUGACCAGACCACCCUGGAACCAACUAUUGAGGAGCCCUCCGCCCACCCUGAGAGCUCCCACGAUCCCAGCUUAGAAAGCCUCAUUGUACUCCAUGAUGUCCCUGAGCUGGCCGGGCUGACUGAGACGGAGCAAGGCAUCGUCCUCGUUCAACACGACGUGGAGCUUCAUCACGAUGGAAGUCCCACCACAACAGAGAUAAUGAGCGUCUCGGAAGAGACUCCACAUGAGGUUUAUGGAGUGGAGCAGCAGCAAGUGGAGGGCGAGGUGCAGGGCCUCCAUAUCGAAACGGUGGAAACUGACUCCGGCAUCCAAAAUGUGCUGAUCCUGCGCAGCGCAGAUGGAGCCCAAACUCGAGUGUGUGUGGAAGAAGUUCAGGCCAUUGAGGACGGCACCUCGGGGGAGGUCUCUGUAGGCCCCAGGGCUGGUUUUGCGUCCACCACCCAGCCCAAACUACUAAUCAUCCGCAGUGCCCAGGGGGAACCACAUACCCUUCAGCUGCUUGGUGCGGAUGCUGGCGCCGAUGCUGCCGGCCUCCUCCUGCAGAGCUUUGAGGCUCACACAACCGAAAACUCCCAUGUUGGCAACACCACUUCAGCAAAGGAAGGCGGUAUUCUGGCAUCCGCUUUGAACAUGCCAGAUUCUGCCGAUGCCACUGGAAGCUCACAAGCUGACACUGCUCAUUCAGUUAAGACUGCAAGCCCUUCUGGCACCCCCAAUGCCCCACUUGUCCAGACGUUUUAAGGCGGUGGUUGGCCAUCUGAUGCAGUGCACCCUUGCUCUGUUGAAACUGCUGCUUCCUAAAUUUACUCAGUUGCAUCUACGGUUUUGAUAACGCCAGCCUGCGGGUAGGGCUGGUAAUGCAUGGGCAUCUGCACACUGCCCACUUGGGACAGGAGGUCGGCUAAAAUGAAGGAUCCUUUAUGUGGUGCAACGUUGCCAAGAUGUGAUUGGGGUUGGCGGGGGUUUUAUUGAGCGGGCAAUAGUGCCUACCACAAAGCAACUGUUCCGUCCACUGCUGGGUAAUAAGGGACCCUAAAUGGAGACAAUUCAGUUUAAAGAUGGCAGAGAAAAUGACACCGCCAAGGAAAGACUGAAUGAAAAUGUCAAAAAGUUGCAUCAAUAAAGUCGACUGAUGGUGUCUGUGAA